GUGUUUCAGAUUGUAGCGAUGACCGGUAACAAGAUCGACUCCCUCCCCGUGGAGAUCGCUAACCUGAAGCGUGUUCAGCAGUUUGGGCUGAACCAUAACCAGAUGGACCACCUGCCGCUGGGGAUGUGCUCCAUGUACGACCUGCAGCUGCUCUCGCUGGAGGGCAACAGGAUUCCUGAGCUGCCGUCGGAGUUCUCCAACCUGGUUCACAUCAAGCAGCUGGAGCUGAGCAGCAACUCCCUGGAGGACUUCCCAGACUGCCUCUGUGUGCUGGUCCAGCUGGAGUACCUGGGCAUGAACAACAACCAGGUCGACCAGGUCCCAGCUGAGAUCUCACAUCUACGGAAACUCCGAGUUUUUCUUCUCAACGGAAACCAGUUCAGGGACCUACCCAAGGAGAUAUGCACCUUAAGGAAGCUGGAACGUCUUGGCCUGUCCCGUAACCUCAUUACCAAGGUCGCAGUAGAGGUCAAGAAGUUGGACAACCUGACGGAACUCAGUCUGAACCACAACCAGUUCACGGACUUCCCUACACAGGUGUGCUACAUUCCCAACCUGCAGCUGCUGACCUUUGACCAGUCAGGUGGGCCAGGUGUGCAGUCAUUGCCGGACGAGAUCGCCGAGCUUCAGCAUGUGACAGAACUGGUGCUGGACAACAACAACAUCAUGGCACUCCCCACUGUUAUGGGAACCAUGUCCAACCUCCUGCACCUGUCCCUAGCCAAUAACCAGCUGAUGUUUGUGCCGGAGAGCCUGUGUGAGUUGCCGCAGCUGCGCAGCCUGCAGCUGCAGGGGAACCAGCUGCAGCGACUGCCCAACAACUUCGGACACCUGGCCAGAGAGGUUGAGCUGAAUCUGACAGGAAACCCGCUGAUGAGACCCCCCACGGUGGUGUGCGACGGAGGGAAGGUCACCCCCAUUGGGCGAUACCUGAAGAAGGCGGAACAGAGGGACGAACUGCUGCUACAGAAGAUGGUGCAGUGUGUCCAAACCUCUAUCACCACUAAAGAUGUCUACACAACAGUACUGCCCAAACUCAGACUACCCAAGGAUGCCCUGGAGGUUCUGGCAGGAAUGGGUCGUCACGCGCCAAUCCCGGACAAGCUGCGGGUUGCCAUGGCGAGGUGGAAGGAGCUGCAGGCCACGCCCGCGGCCGGCGUGGAGCGCCUGAUCAGGAUCUUUGACGUUCUGGACAUUCAGGACAUUCUGGGCAAACUGAAAACAAUGAAGAUCAGGGCACAGCAGCAUAGGUUAUAGGGCAGGGGCCACAGGUUAUAUGACAGGGGUCACAGGUCAUGGUAGCGUAGGUCAGAGGUCAGUUUGUAGGACAUUCAGGACAUUCUGGGCAAGCUCAAAACCAUGAAGAUCACUGAGAAACCGAGAAGACAAAGUGAAUUACAGACCACGAAAUUUUGUUACCAAGGAGACAAAGUGAAUUAUAGUUACUGUAUUGGAGCAGUGAAAAGAGUCUAUUUUCAACUUUUACUGAAUUCAUAGGCUUUAUAUUUACUAUAUGCUCUAAACAGAAUGUAGUUACUUAGGGCAUCUGUAGUUUGCCAAGGAUGCUGCUUUAGUGCUCUAAUGCUAACUUUUAACAUGAUGUGGAAAUGUUUUACAAGCCAUAGGAACAGAUCUUUGUAUCCUACUUAUACAACUUAAUAUGUUAAAGCUAGAGGAAAGUUUCCGGUCCAUCAGUAGAAUAUCCUGAAUGUGCAGAACGUGGGAGGUCCUGACCAGCUCUCCAUGCAGAUCAACUUCAUCUGAAAACUUCAAGACGUCUGCAAGACUUCUUUGGACAAGAUCUACAGUUGUGAAGGAACUCCAUGAAGCAGUUAUUCGAACAAUUGGAUAUGAUUUUGGAAACGGUCAGAUGUUUAAGACAGCCAUUUGGCAUCUUUCGUGACAUUUGAACUUUGACAUGAUGAGGCAACAUUAGAAGUUGAUAAGCAACUUUUGAUGGCAAUCCAAAUGCCAUAAACAGCAAAUGUAACAUUGUCGGAAAACUUUGAUGACUUUUUUUGACCUAGUUAUUGCUAAACCUUAAAAAUGGCUUAUUUCGAAUUCUAAAUAACUGUACCUCUUAGCAGCCAUAGCUGAAUUGCGUGUAACUAUUUCACAUUAUUACUUUAAUAUGUAAAUAUUUAAACUUGCCAAAUGAAAUUCUAUGAAUGAAUUCUACUACCAUCUUCAAUUCUUCAUCACCACUUAUGAGUGCUAUACUGUAAAGCUUUUUGUGGAAAGACUAGUUAGGUUUGACAUGUAAUGUUAGUGCGAGUUUGCUGCUAUCUGAUAUAUAUAUGAUAUGUACAAGUGGAACAAAGUUUUAAAGUAUCCCAUCCCAGUAUGUAUCCUGACUUGUUGGCUUUUUACCAACGAGUUGCCAUUUUUUGUCCUUAUGUUCUAGUUACGCCAUAUCGAUUUGAUCAAUAUACGUUAUAGGGACGGUGGUCAUGGAAAUUCUGAUCCUUUGUGUUCAAAGAAAGUUUAGCAUUGUACUAUGAUUAUUACCAACACACUCAGACAAACUUUAGAAAAGUAUGAAUGAAAUUUUGAAUUAUAAUUUAAGAAAACUAUCAAUGAAACUUUGCCUUAAACAAUGACAUUUUACAGUAUGGGAUAUGAAAAAAAUGCAGUAUAAAGUCUGGGCAGAAACUAAUUAUAGAUAAUUCAUUCUUUGAGAAAGUUAUAUUUUUUAUCAUGCAGUUUGUUGAAUAGAAUGUGUGUUGUGAUCUUUGUUAACUAUUGAACCACAUGUAUAUAUUUUUUCAUUCACAAAAGUCACAGUGCAGUAACAAUCCAAUAAAAUCUAAACUACCACUA